AUGAAUGUCAUUGAUUCUGUGUAUCCAAAUGCGUCUCAUUUGUUGUGUACGUUUCAUAUUUCAAAAAAUAUUUGCCUGAAAUGUAAAGAAUAUGUGGAAUCAGAAAGACAAGAACAUGUCAUAGAUCAGUGGAACAAUAUGAUGUAUUCAAAUACAAAAGACGAAUUUGAUGUACAUCUAAACCACUUAGAGGGUAUAUGUGGUAAUAUUCCAUCAUUUGUCAUGUAUGUGAAAGAAACAUGGUUAACACCAUAUACAGAAAGAUUUGUUGCUGCAUGGACUAACAGAGUCACUCAUUUAGGGAACACAACAACAAACAGGAUGGAGUCUACACAUUGGAGACUAAAGAACAUGUUGACUAACAGUUGUGGUGAUUUAUGUGCAAGCUGGGAGGCUGUGAACACAAUGUUGAAGUUGCAGCUAGGUUCCAUAAGAGUGUCGUUUCAAAAAAGUAUCGUCAACAUUGAGCAUCGGUAUAACACUCCAUUCUAUUAUAAAUUUCAUAGUUUUGUUUCAAGACAGUGUAUUCAACUCAUUGAAAAGGAACUAGAAAGAGUCAAAUUUGUUGGUGCGAGCAAGCAGAGGUGUGGUUGUUACAUUAGAACAACACAUGGGUUACCGUGUGCGUGUCAACUGGUCGGUUACCAUAUUUUAGGCAUACCUAUACCUUUGGAAUCUAUUCAUGUGUUUUGGACGAAAUUGCAAAUUUCAGAAUAUGAGGUGAGUCCUGACGAGAGCAAGUGGAAUUAA